UGCAUACUUUAUGAGGAUAUGCAGAAUUUCAUACAGGAAAUAUUGUAGGAUUAAGAAAACCAUAAAUUGAACUAGAUUAUGGCAAUAACGACCUUAUUUCCAUAAUCGAAAAGACAUACAAAAACAUUCACAAAAAUUUACAUGUCAUGGAGGUAUUAGACUGAACUGCCAAAGAGAUGAGGUCUUCACUUUGAUAUCAACCUCUAGGUUCCACAUCACAUGUUGUUCAGACGGCAGGAUUCCAUUAUCCACAUUGUUGUGUUGUACAAGCAUCCAGGGACGUUUCUGUGGCAUGCUGCCGUCGAAUCAGGGAAUUCAACACAGAAGUGGACGUCACUAAUAGGAGAUAGGCAAAUACAGUUUGGGAAGUAUGAAGGAAUAUAUGACAACAUGGAGAUAGUACCCACCAAACUGGAUGGUGUAAAACUCAACAUUCCCAAGGACCCAGCAGCAUUUCUUCAGCAGAUUCCAGAUGCCAGAUUCCUGGAAUGCAACUACGAGCAGGCCAGGGCAUUCUACACAGCGUACGGGUCUGACCUGACUGCCAAGGAUGUCAAGUUUAUAAGGCAUGCAACCUCUCUCCUGUCCAAAAGCAAGGCUGUGCUGGACAGGAUAGGUGUUCGCUUCUGGAUUUGCAGUGGGACAUUAUUAGGUUGGUUCCGACAGUGUGGGAUCAUUCCGUACACUAAUGACGUGGACAUUGGAAUCUGGAUCAAGGAUUACAAAGACACAUUGAUCCCAGCUUUCCAGGCAGCCGGGCUGUCUCUCAGACACAAGUUUGGAAAGAUGGAAGACAGUUUUCAGCUAGCCUUUAAGUCAGCAAAUGUAAAAAUAGACAUUUUCUUCUUCUACGAGGAGGGGGACAUCAUGUGGUUCGGUGCGACCGAUGGGCGGACAGGAGAGAAGUUCAAGUACAUAUCCCCCAGGUUUACGCUGUGCUGGACAGAGUUUUUAGACAUGAAGGUUCGAGUACCAUGCCAGACGCUUGCAUACAUCCAUGCUGACUAUGGACCCAACUGGUACGAACCGGUCAAGGAGUGGGACUGGAAAAACAGUGCACCUAACAUCCAGCCAAACGGACAGUGGCCAGAAGAGGAGUGGUCAGAAGUGAUACAGUAUUUUCAUGCGAAAUGAUGGUUUAGAACUUUCUGCCAGAAUUUUCAAUAAGAUUUCAAAUAUAUACACAUCGAUGUUCUUUCUUUUUGCUACCUUCUUUUUUCAUUGUCCAAAAAGAGAGUCUACUAGCACACCGCCUAUGACAACAAUCUCCUCUGGAAUGGUUGGAACAAAAUGUAAAUUCAAAUUUUGUUGUUAAACGUAACAUUAUCAAGUAAAUUUGAAUUUAACUUGCUUCUUAAUAAUGGUAAAAAUGGAUAUGUUUCAUAAUCGAAGGUUCGUCUGUGUUGAUUAGAAACAUGCAUUUGUCUGUACUGCGUAGAUGUAUGAAGCAGGGAAAUAUAGAUUGUA